UACUUUUUUAAACAACGCUGCGUAAUUUCCUGUACUCUCGCUGUCGCACCAGUUAAACUCGUAAUUAAGUGCAAUGAAUUUGAUUUGUUUGUGUUGAGUUGUUUUUAAUGUUUUGUUGCAGAUCAUUGAGUUAAAAUUUUUUUUUGUUUUUCUUGUGGUUUUAUAUCUCUAAAUGCGUUGAAAUUAAAUUAAAUUAUUUUAUGAGUCAUUUUAUAUUAAAUUCCAAAAUUUUAUUGCUAUAAUUGUUCAAAUGUCAAAUUCAUUGGUCAGCAGCAGCAGCAGCAGUGGACAUGGUAGGGAGAAUAUGUACAUUUAUGAACUGCCACCAUCGCAGCGACAACUUCUGUGCGACCAUUUGGAUGAGUUAAAUGUUUGGAACCAACUCGCCACAGCCGUAAGUCUUAAAACGGCUGAAAUGCAGAGCAUACGUCGUCAACAAACACUGGGAAAUUCCCCUAUUGAUGAAUUUCUCAAAAUUUGGGGGGGACAAUAUAAUCAUACAGUAACUGAACUCUUCGUUAUCUUAAAGAGACAAAAGCUUUUUCAAGCUAUGCGUUUACUAAAGGAUUUUGUGGAGCGAAAAUAUCAUAUACUGAUACCUAACAGCCAACCUGUUUUAAGCGUGCUUAUGGCACAAGAUAGAACAAAUUCAAAUGAUCAUUCCAAAAAGAUUCUCAACUGCAGUAGUUCCUCAGGUGUAAGCAACUCGAAUAACUUAGAAACAAGUGAUAACAAUAAUAGCACAUCUGCCUACUCAACUUCAAAUGGACAUCUCGAGCAACAAGAGCAACAACAAUCAAAUUAUUUAAGCGAGCGUAAUGUUAAGGAGUAUGCCAGUUCCAUACUAGAGAUCAACUAUCAUGAACUUACGGAAGCCACAAAUAAUUGGAGCGAACAAUUCAUUCUGGGUAAAGGCGGUUUUGGUACUGUAUUUCGCGGUUAUUGGAAACACACAGAUGUUGCUAUAAAAUUAAUACAUUACCGAGGUUCCAAUGAACGUGAAAAUGUUAAAGUGCAAAUUCAACAGAGUCUCAAUGAAUUAAAAUAUUUAAAUUCGUGUCGUCAUGAUAAUGUUUUGCCAUUGUAUGGCUAUAGCAUAAAAGGCGAAAAACCUUGUUUAGUAUAUCAACUUAUGAAAGGGGGUUCAUUGGAACAACGCUUAAAUUCGAAAAAGAUUACACCACUCAAUUGGCAGCAACGCAUUAAUAUAUGUUUGGGUACUGCAAGAGGUAUCAAUUAUUUACAUACAUUCCGGGAUAAGCCACUCAUACAUGGAGAUAUAAAACCAGCGAAUGUACUGCUCGAUCAGUGCUUACAUCCAAAAAUUGGUGAUUUUGGUUUGGCACGUGAAGGACCAAAUGCUAUUAAUUCAGCCGUUGAAGUAACAAAAGUUUUUGGUACCAAACCUUAUUUACCACCGGAAUUCUUACAUUCUAAAAAACUCAGCACUCAAGUAGACACGUACAGUUUUGGUGUAGUGCUGCUUGAAGCAUUUACUGGGCUACGUGCUUAUGAUAAAAACCGUGCCAAUGUUUUACUUACGGAACACAUCCGUAGAUUGUUUGCCAAUGCCGAACACCAAGUCGAGAAUCUGAUAGAUAAAAAUGUGCCAGCCCUACCAGGUGAACUAGAGAUAUGUAAACGCACUAUAUUAUUAGGUCUUGAUUGUAUAGCGGAAAGCCCACAUUAUCGACCAGAAAUGGAACAAGUGCUCAAAACGAUUGAUAGCUACUAUAAUUUCAGUGUUUUGAAUAUGUAAAAUUAGUCAUUUUUUUAUAUCAAAUAUUAAUCGUAAAUCAUAAAGAAUUUAA